UUUCGUCUUCCUACAUGUAGAUAGAAAGAUAGUGACGCCAAAUAUUGCAAUCUCUUUCUCUUUCAUCCCCUCUUUCUUCCUUGUCUGAUGCCAACUCAUGAUAUACUUCUUCCAUACUAAACGUCGUCGUAGUAUGCAUCUUCCUCCUCCUCCGACGCCGCUUCCUCUUCCACUUUCUCAUCGUCUCUCUGUACAUUCGUUCCUUUAAUGAUCGAUUUCUUCUAGGACUUCAAAACCUUAGAAUCUCUACCCCCUCUCUCCUCUCUCUAGUUCUCAAUUCAUGGAGGGUUCUCUGUCCGACGAUCUCGGAGCCACGGAGUCGUGGGAGGUAGCCGAUUUGGAUGCCGCCAUGACUCGAUUGGGCCUCUCAUCUUCUAGCCUCGAUUCCAACUCGCGUCAUCGGCUUUCUGAAUCCGGUUCGGGUUCGAAUUCUUUGGUUUCUUCUUCGUCAGUUUGUAAAGUCUCCGACGACGUUCUUAAUCAAGUUGAUCAGUUCCUCCGUGAAGCUUUGCAAAACCCUCGCGAACGCCUCUCCAUUCUGCGGAUGGAGCAAGAUGUUGAAAAGUUCAUUCGCGAUCCUACUCAGCAGCAAUUAGAGUUUCAGCAGCUGCCUACUUCAUAUUUACGCCUGGCUGCUCACCGGGUGGCUCAACAUUUCUCAUUGCAAUCAAUGGUUUUGUUAGACAAUAAUUUACCUGAUGGUUCAGGUUCCAAAAUCAUUGUUCGAAAGACUGCUGAAUGUAGGCUUCCUAUGAUUCGCUUGGCAGACAUCCCUGUAAAUUUACCAUCAGUUGAAAGUAGUGGGCCUGUCAAGGUUGCCAUUAAACAAAGGCCACAAAAGAAAUCACAGACUGCCGGCAAUUCAAAUUCAAAUUCAUUUAAGUCAAAUAGUUCCAAAAGUGUGGAGGAAAGAAAAGAAGACUAUAACAGGGCCCGUGCAAGGAUAUUUAACUCUAUUAAUUGUAGUGGUGGUGAUAGUAGAAGACCAGAGAAUGAAACAAAGUUGCCGGAUGGUCCCUUGGGAAUGUCUAAGAUGGAAGAAAAAUCUAUAUCUGGAGCUUCUGAUAUAAAUUCUGGUAGAGGUUCAGUUGAUUCUUCUACUGGUAGAGGUUUGGUUAAUUCUUCUACAAGUAGCAGUAGACCAGGUAGAAUUAGGACAGAGAAGGAGGCAGUUGGUAGAUAUAAACCAAAUAGUAGUAGGGUGGCUAUCUUUCGGGAUCGUGAAAUUGACCGCAAGGACCCUGAUUAUGACAGAAGCUAUGACAGGUAUAUGCAAAGAUUUGAUCCUGGGUUUGGGUUCAAUAGUGCACCAUAUUCCAUACAGCCUAUGUAUGCCCCUGCUUUGAAUUAUAACACCGAAUUUCCUCAGCUUGGAUCUGCCCAUAGGCCUCAGAUUUCUGCUGAGCACCAACCUCAUCCACCUCCUCAACAUCUUCCUGGGCCAUGGACUGCACCAUCAACCCCUGCAGGACUUAGGUACGGUCAUCCAGAAACAAUGAUGACACCAUUUAGUCCAAAUCAUGUUGGUGCACACUCCGCAUCUGCCAUAUAUAUGCCACCUUCACAAUAUCCUUGUCAACGCCCUGGAAUGCCUUUCAUCCAUCCUCAUGAACAUGUUCAUCAACCUUUUUCGCAGGAAGGUACAUUGAACUCAUCAAUCACCACCUUUUUGUCCAACUCUGUCACCUGCAUGUGCUGGCAUGGUGCAAGAAUUUUAGAGUGGAAUUUGGUUGGAAGAACAUGUUGAAUAAGCAGUCAUUGAACUACUACCACGGAUGGUUGUGAUUACAAAAGAAUAUCUUGAGAUUAUAAUAAACCGUCAUUGUGAUUGUGCAGCCUCAGCAGCCAUCUGAUGCAACUUUUGGAUUAGCCCGGCCCCAUUGAGGGGCUUGGGCCAUGCCUGCGCCCUGCCAACUGGUACUUGAGUCUUCAGCUGGAGUUACGAUGGGCACACUGGCAAAGCUUUACUCCAGCAGGCAGGAGCGCAGGCAUAGAGAGCCGAGGGUGGACUGGGGUUGAAGGGACUCAAAUUGAACCAUUCCACCAUCCUCGGUUUUCUCCUGGAGGACACAUCUUAUUUAAGGAUGGUGAAGCUCCAUGGCUUGAAAGAUCCAUCAUUUGGGACGAAUCGAGAGCUGUGUUUCCCCACUAAUGAUGGUGAAUGGAGCUAAAUCGGUGAUGUGUUAACUGGCAGCAUGUGCACCCAUUUGAAAUGAAGUAUCAAGAGUUUAAAAGAGAAUAUGGUUGAAGGAUUUGUGGGGGAGCUGGGAAUCGUGUCUGGAUUGUAGGAGGUUCGACUUGGUGACAUAGUCGGCUGCUGAGAUGCGCACUCGUGAUGCUUUGGUAGAACCUUUCAGUGAUAAUGAAACCUUAUCCUGUACCAUAUGAACAAUAUUUCAUUGAUCUUGCCGACCUCUUAAGUGUGUGAAAUUAGAACUCUACGUUCUUUGACUUUGAGCUAAAAGUCUGGAUUUGGGAGAAAUCACCAGGUUGGAUGGGCUACACUCUAAAGUUUGAUAUAAUUAAAAAAUCCCUGGUCUUUCAUUAA